UUGAUAACUGUCGUUUUAGCUAAGUGCAAAUCAGUGUACAGGCUGUUCGGCAGCUCACAGUCCCGCCGAACCUCUCCUCUCUUCGCUUUCCUCCGCUCUUCAGAAAUGGCUCGGUGGGCCGCAGUCUCGGUUCUGGUCUCGGUGGUUUUGUCCGGUGUGUCGGCCGGAGUGUUUUUCAACAACAAGGAGCCGUGUUACGUCCGCAAGCCGAGGACGAACGAGUUCGGGCUGAGGACCACGCCUCGGCCUCACGAGUACUUAAACAUCUCUGAUCUUCCCAAAUCGUGGGACUGGAGGAACAUCAACGGCAGCAACUAUGUCAGCACCACCCGCAACCAGCACAUUCCCCAGUACUGCGGCUCCUGCUGGGCCCAUGGCAGCACCAGCGCCAUGGCAGAUCGCAUCAACAUUAAGCGGAACGGAGCAUGGCCUUCGGCCUAUCUCUCCGUCCAGCAUGUGAUCGACUGCGGUGAUGCGGGCACCUGCCACGGAGGAGAUCACAGUGGUGUGUGGGAGUACGCCAACAAACACGGCAUCCCCGAUGAGACCUGCAACAACUAUCAGGCUAAAGACCAGAAGUGCAAGCCCUUCAACCAGUGUGGCACCUGCACCACUUUUGGAGUAUGCAACAUCGUCAAUAACUACACCCUGUGGAUGGUGGGAGAUUACGGCUCCGUCAGUGGGAGAGAAAAGAUGAUGGCAGAGAUUUAUGCCAAUGGACCCAUCAGCUGCGGGAUUAUGGCCACAGAAAAGCUGGAUGCGUACACUGGAGGUCUCUACUCUGAAUACCAGGAGGAGGCAUACAUCAACCACAUUGUGUCAGUGGCAGGGUGGGGUGAAGAGGACGGUGUGGAAUACUGGGUGGUGCGCAACUCCUGGGGAGAGCCAUGGGGAGAGAAGGGCUGGCUCAGGAUUGUGACCAGUGCCUACAAGGGGGGAAGCGGCAGCAAGUACAACCUGGCGCUGGAGGAGGACUGUAUGUAUGGAGACCCCAUUGUGCCCAAAGCCUACCUUUAG